AUGGACGCAGAAGAGUCUAGAAAAAGGCCUCUUGACCUGCUUGACCAGAAUGACGGUCUGUCGCCUUUACCCACUUUAGAGACCGCACCCUCUCCAGUGGGCCCAGACACGAAACCACCACAGGAGCCUGAGGACCAGGAUAUGGAUGGCGAGGUGGCGCCAAAGGAGCCUGAGGUCAAGGCUGAAGAGGAGGUGAAAACUGAGGAUAACGGAGCGGUGGCGAUGGAUACGGUCAAGAGUGAAGAAACUACUGCACCUGCUGCUACACAACCCGACACAGCAGCAGUGGGCGACUCCAACGGAACGGAGGCUGUUGCGGCGACAGAAAACGGCACAAAGAGGUUUAAGCUGGAUACGCUUGUGGUGGUUCCUCAUAAGACACCACAGCUUUUCUACACGUUGCUUAAGACGGGUCUUGUCUAUGAUGUGCGGAUGAGGUACCAUGCCAAGAUCUUCACGUCCUACUUUGAGUAUAUCGACCCACAUCCGGAGGAUCCACGCCGUAUCUACCGUAUUUAUAAGAAACUUGCCGAGGCGGGGCUUAUUCAGGAUACGUCGCUUUCGGGCUCUGAGGAUAUCGGUCCUCUCAUGGUGAAAAUUCCUAUCCGUGAAGCCAGGGCUGAAGAAAUCUUGGAAGUGCAUUCUGCUGAGCAUCUCAAGUACAUUUCGCUGACGGAGCAGAUGACUCGUGACCAGCUUCUUGAAGAAACAGAAAAGGGUGACUCCAUCUACGUGAAUAACGACUCCUACCUCCUGGCUAAGCUUUCGUGUGGUGGUUCUAUUGAGGCAUGCAAGGCCGUCGUGGAAGGUAAAGUUAAGAACUCCAUGGCCAUUGUGCGUCCUCCUGGCCAUCACGCUGAACCCGAUACUCCUGGUGGGUUCUGUCUUUUCAGUAACGUGGCGGUGGCUGCCAAAAACAUCCUUAAGUCUUACCCAGAGUCGGUUCGCCGUAUCGUCAUUCUUGAUUGGGAUAUCCACCACGGUAACGGUACCCAAAGAGCUUUCUAUAACGACCCUCGUGUCCUCUACAUUUCCCUCCAUCGUUACGAGAACGGUAAGUUUUACCCAGGUACGAAAUAUGGAGGCCACGAUAAAGUGGGUGAAGGUGAAGGUGAAGGUUACUCUGUGAACGUUCCUUGGAGUGCUCCUGGUGUGGGCGACGCUGACUAUGUCUACGCUUUCCGUAGAGUAGUGAUGCCAAUUAUCAGUGAAUUUGACCCUGACCUUAUUAUCGUCAGUGCUGGUUUCGAUGCUGCAGACGGUGACUUGAUUGGUCAAUGUCACGUCAGUCCGGCUGGAUACGGCCAUAUGACCCACAUGUUGAAGGCUAUAGCUAAAGGCAAGCUCGCUGUCAUUUUAGAAGGUGGAUACAGUUUAGACUCCAUCAGUGAGAGUGCCUUAGGCGUUGCUAAGGUGCUUAUAGGUGAGCCUCCUGAAGCAACUAUCAGCUCUCAACCACGUUUAGAGACCCUCGAGGUUGUCAACGAGGUGAUCAGAAUGCAAAGCAAAUACUGGAAGUGCAUGAAGCCUGGCAACUCGGCCCAUGUAUUCGAAGAUGUCUACGACUUGUCCACGGACAACCUCCUUUCGUUCGCUGAACCAAUCCGUGCAUACCAGGCACAACAGCUUUUCACCAACCACUCAUUCAUCAGCCUCCCCAUCAUUGAUCACCCAGAAUACAAGCUUUCUACGUUCAGUACAGAUCUUCCUGCUCACAUGGAAGACAUUGUGUUGGCCAGUCCUCUGGUGCUGACGAAUUCCACCAUUGUUGUUUCCAUUCACGACCCUCCUGAAGUCUGGGCCAACAUCAAUCCUAUUAACGGAAACAUUGAGAGCAGCACUUCUGUCGUGCUUGAACAUCCAUUGACGCGUGUCAUGAAAAAGGUUCGUUCAGAGCUUUCAGUGGAUGGUGGCUCGGCGGACGAUGUUGGAUAUAUCGACAUUAAUAUCCCCUCCUAUACGGAAGCUGUUGCAUCGGCUCAGACAAGCUCAAAGAACAACUCAAACGAAAAGACUACUUCACCGGUGAAGAGUUCAAACUACAACCCUACCAUAUUUGCCCAGGAACUUCUUCUCUGGGUGUGGGACAACUACUUGACAUACUUUCCAGAACUCAAAAAGGUUGUGUUUGUCGGGUUUGGGGACUCAUAUCAGUCUAUUGUCCAUCUUUAUGCUAAGCGUCCAUCGCAGGAGAUCAAGGACGUUGUCAAGGGUACAGUUGGAUUUGUCAGCCGAUCUAAUCUUAAGGCCCUAGUGCCAGUAAUGGAUGAAUCAAUGGUAGACUGGUACUACCAAAGUUCAGUCCUUUUUACAAGUUACAAAAAUACCUGUUGGGUUAGCACCUCUGCUAAUGCUAAAAAUGGAGAUUCCGAUGAUGUCGGAAAGCGCCCUAGGAAAAAGUACGGUCGUGUGUUGAAGGCAUCUGUUGAUGGUUUAUGGGAUGUCAUUCAUGAGAGAUUCGACGAAGGUGUGGACUUCAUUCUUGAUUCCAUUGAAGACUUCUCCGAAUCUGAAUCUAAUUAG